UUAUUGGUAAUGACAUUAACUGAAAUACAAUGGAAUAUUCAUUUGAAAGCAGCAGUCCAGGGCCAUGUUUCAGCAUUGGGAAAUUUUUGUCACAGUUUUCAGAUUUGUGCGGUGAAUUUGGAACUUACAUUGCGCCAACGUAUCGCCAUGACAGAUGCGAAAGGUCUGUACAGAUGCGCCUCUAUACUCUUAACAAGCGGCAGUUUGUAUUGGUAUUUGCUGCAUUCUUUCUGUGCUUUCUUCUCACAGUAUUUAUAGGACUGGCAGGACCAUCUGUUAUUGAAACAUCAGAGACAUCUGCUGCAGAUCUAAAUCCAAAACCAAAUUUACAGACUGGCCCUUUUAUCUUGCCUUCUUCAUUAAUGUCAACAUUUCACCAACAGCUGUGGUUGAUCGCACAAAUACAAAUCAACUCUACUGGUGAUGUUGAAGUACACACAUCAAGUCCCUUUAUGGUUGGUGUACGGAUAGCAGGCUUGAAGAGUCAUGGGGUGAAAGAUCUGCUCUUGGAUGGAACCAUGCAUAACAGGUCCAGGGAACUGAAGUGUACAGGACAGACUUGUGAUGAGCUGAACAUGUUACACCUUGGUUACCUUGACUACAGCAGAUACGUUGUUACUAUAUAUUUCUUUGGAUUAGAGAAACAAAAAGUUUUACAAAUUAGAGAUGUGAAAUUCCAGUUCAAGAGCUACAAUCCCACAUUUACACAGAUAGAGAUCUGGUUCCGCUUUGUUUUCUUGUUGAUAACUUUCUUAGCUACAUGUGCAUUUGCCCAUUCACUGAGAAGGUUCACAGUGCGGGACUGGUCCAUGGAGCAGAAGUGGAUGUCAGUAUUGAUGCCCCUGUUGUUACUCUAUAACAAUCCUUUCUUCCCAUUGACAUUUCUGGUGGAGAGCUGGAUCCCUGGCAUGUUUGAUGCCAUAUUUCAAGCGUCAUUUCUGUGUGGUUUACUACUGUUCUGGUUGUGCUUAUAUCAUGGAGUGAGACAGACAAAAAGACAUUUCUGUUCUUUCUACUUGCCUAAACUGGUUGUUGUUGGAUUGAUAUGGAUCUCAGCAGUGACUUUGGCAUCCUGGCAAGCUUAUAAUGAACUACAAGAUCCCACAUAUAACUACUCACUGGAUACUGCCAACUAUUUGGGAUUUCAAGUAUUUUUCUACACAAUUGGUGUUGUGUACUUAUUGUACCUUAUAUUCUUAUUAAUAAGAGCUUACGCAGAACUAAAAUCCAUGCCUUUCUUUGAUUUGCGUCUUAAGUUUAUGACAACAUUAAUGUUGAUAGUUCUUGCCAUCACUGUUGCCAUAACAGCACUACGAUUUGGCACCAAUAUAUCCCAGGAUGCUGUUGUGACUGGAUCAUCGAUCCACUAUCAGUCCAGUGCCGAAUUCUUGUCCUUCUAUGGAUUGCUGAAUUUUUACCUGUAUACCAUGGCUUUUGUGUACUCUCCAUCCAAGAAUGCUUUAGUUGAAUCCCAUUUUCGAGAUAACCCUGCUCUCUCCAUGUUGAAUGAUUCAGAUGAAGAUAUCGUGUAUGGGUCUGAAUAUGAGGAGACAGCACUGAAUGGCAGACCAACAAAACCUACUAGGGACUCCAGAUAACAGAAGAAAUCGAGAAAUAAUGAAGCUCUGUAGUAAUAUCUUCAGUUUCCUUUUAUUAUACAACUGGAUUAAUUUACCAAAGGUGCAGAUACCAUAUACCUAUUAUCCAUUUUUCCAUAAGAAAAAAACUGAAAGCAGGAAUAGGAGGGACUUGGGUGUCUAUAUUGGCUCUUAAGACUGUCCUCUAGUCAAUUUAUUACACCUGAACCUCACCUGGCAGAUUCUAUGAAGAUGUGACUAAAUUUUUUAAAUGCCAUUGUUUCCAGCAGCUGAUAGGCCUGUGUAUUUAUGUUUGAAUGGUGCCAAUCUAUCAAAAUAUUAGUAAAUCCAUCAUCAGUUCUUGGGGCCAUUUUAUUUUAUUGUUCUAGGUAGUUUACGGUCCCAUAUUUAUAGUUUUAUGGUCCCCAUGUUAAUCUUUCAAACAAUCAAAAUAUUAGUGAAUCUGUGACAGCAUAAGUUAUGAACAUCUAGUCUUAUUUAUAGUGGUAAACCCAUUUUAAUAUUCCAAAGCAGUGUUCCAGUCCAUUAGGAUCUCUAAUUACAUUUUUUUUAUGUAUGGAGGACUCACCUUUUAUUGCAAACUUACAUGUUUCCACCAUGCUCUGGUGUCCAGUGCAGGAGUAAUGAGAAGUAUUAUGGGUGGGAGGGCAAUUUCUCCCUGAUGAGUUCCAUCCUCAGUGUGCAAAUCUAGUCAAAGUUGGGUGGGCCAGGCAUGAGAACAGCUGUCACUUUUCAGGGAGGACUGGGUAAAGAAGUAAUCUUUCCCCCCUGAUUAAUUUGUAUAGACAGCUGUCACAUUUUUUUCCUGCAUAUAUUUAUAUUAUUGGAGUUUUAGGACAGUUGUGUUAUCUGCAAGUUUAAUAGCAAGGUUGAUUUUUUUUUUUUCACAAUUUCAGGUGUUUAUUUUCUGUUUGUUUGGGUUUUUUUACAAGUUUGGGCAUAUAAUUACUACUUAUGGACUCUCCCUGUGGACUUUUGGAUGUUCCCUUAAUCUUGUUUUUGUUUUGGAUAAAACAGCAUAUUCAAUGUGGGGGAUUUCUGUAUUUUUAUGUUACUGCUGUGUUCAUGAUCACAUCAUUACAUAGAUAAAAUAUAGAUAUAAAUAUAGACAUUAAGUAUAAUAUUAAUAUAUACAAGUUUUUACAGUUUCUCAGUUGAGAUAUGUUAUUUGAUGGUUUAAAUGCCAGUAGUUUUAAGAAAUGUUGAUUGAUAAACACCUUUAUUGGAAGAAAUUACCUCUUGAUUGCAAUCAUUAUUAAUCUACAUUUGGAGAAAUUGGGAAGGGCAUAUAGAUGUAUUCAAGAAUAUAAAUAAGUGUGUGAUUUAUUGAUUUUAGUGGAUUUU